GAAUUAAUCGCUACCGGAGCGUAUAGUUUUUAUGUCCAUAACAACUGUAUAUAUAUAUUAAGUAUUUCUAUCAAACGGACAUUACAAUUUUCGAGAACGCUGCACGCAGACGUAAAUCAUGCUAAUUUUGAAUCAUCUACUUCUGCUGCUGUGUACAGGCUGGAUUCAAGCCAUCGAGGAGCUUGUCUGGUUGGAGGAUCUUAACACCAACCACGACCUUCGAAAUUUAGAAAUCGGGUUGCCUGAACACCUUUAUUUCAACAUUAAACGACAGGGCGGAAACUCUGCGAAAUUACAUCUUCGAGAGAACAAACGUCUAAAUGCUAACGCACCUGUUUAUGUAGCAGGGGCGGAGAAUGGAAUACCCACGGCCACGGAAGCAGACGUCCCACCUAUCAUUGGAACCAAGUUUUACCAUGACAGGAGUGCCGGGGCAGCUGUAAAAUGUACGUGCGCAGACCACCCACAUGGUGCUUGUCAGAGGGUUCUAGAAGGAAGUUUGAAUAUAGACGGGGACAGCUAUGAGAUCAAACCUUCACCAACUUUACUUUCCGCCCGAGGUAUGGGUAACCAGAAGAACUUGCCACAUAUCAUAGUAAAGGUUGCUCCACCGCCAGAACCGCAGCCUGGAGAUCGUGUAAGAGGAUUAUUUGGUGCCGGCUACAAACGCAUACCAGAUGAGAACAGAGAGGGUGCCUCCGAACAUGACCAUAAGAAAGUGCCAGAUGAGCAAAACGUGCGUGAAGAACUUGUGAAUGAACUGCGAGCUUUACUUCGGGAAGAGCAAGUUGAAGACAAGAUCCAGGAACUUUUUGUAAAGGAGAACCGUCAGAAACGAGCUGUCGGGGAUUUGUACGCUGUUGAGGUGGUUAUGGUGGUGGAUUCAAGUCUAUGGGACAAAUACUAUAGCAUAACUGAAGGUAACAGUGAAAUGGACAAAGAUGAUGCUACAAUGUAUUUUCUGCGAGAGCGUCUGGCCCACAUCAUGAAUGGUGUUAGUUUAAGGUACGAGGCCAUCGAGGACCCUGCCAUGGACGUCUAUGUGACAAUUUCAGAAUUUCUCUUUUACAAGAAUAGAAAUACAUCUAGCCCACUCCCUUCAAAUGUUAAAACACCAAGGAGAAAUGAUAUAGAAUAUGCCGACAGUGAUGUAUAUAUUGACGGGCUAGUUAGCUGGGUACGAACUGCACCGAUAACGAAACACAAUGAUCACGUGAUGGUUAUAACAGGAUAUGAGUUAUAUUAUGGUGGUAACAUAAAAAAUGAUGGCGUUGCUGGUGUUGCCUAUGUAGGAGGUGCUUGCGGCAACUAUAGAGUGUCGGUACAAGAAGAUGGAGAUUAUUUUGUUCUGACCAGUGUCGCAGCUCAUGAACUUGGACAUAAUCUUGGUGCGGACCACGAUGGUGAUGAAUCUUCAUCAGCUUGUAAACCAGACGAUAAAAAUAUUAUGGCACCAUACAUAACGAGCUUUAGCAGUGGAGAGACUUACUCUGUCAAUCCAUGGCGAUUCUCUACAUGUUCAGUCAAAGCGUUCAAGGACUUCUUUGGCAGGGGUCGUUGUUUCAAGGACCACGGUAAUUAUUAUGACAAAGACGAGUGGAAUAAGCACAAUGAAAAAUUACCCGGAGAACGCUUUACACCGGAACAGCAGUGCAAACUUAUCAGUGGAGAUAACUCAUAUGUGUGCUCAAAUGCGAAUAAUGAGGAGAUAUGCCGUGUGAUGGGGUGCUUUGACAGCCGACGGGGGUGUCUUGAAUACGCCGCUGCCAGGGGAACGCCGUGUGGCCGGUCCGGCCGUAAUAAGUGGUGUAUUGAUGGCAAGUGUGUACAGAGAACCAGCGUUGCAACAACAACACAAGCCCCUGCCACAACAACGACAGCAGUAAGAACAACAACAACAACCCAGGGACCACAGUCAACAACAACCACAGAAUCACCGCAGACGACAUCUGGGUCCUGUAUUGAUAUUGGAUGGUAUGACUGGAGUUGUCAGAAGGUUUCCGAUUAUUUCUAUACAGAGUCCGGUUAUGAACCCAGUUACUGGUGCCCAGAUCCCUACUGGGCCGAUGCCUGCUGCGCUUUCUGUGAAGCGGCUACGAACACACCCACCGCCACUACUGCGGUCCCCGAGACAACAACAGAGAAUUGUGUGGAUAUAGGUUACUAUAACUGGAGCUGUAAGCGUAUAUCACGCUACUUCAAAAAGACAUACGGUCUCAAACCAAAGGAAUGGUGCAAGGACCCAGAAUGGAAAUACAACUGCUGUGCUUACUGUCAGAAACGUGGUGUGUAAUUCCAGUUAUGAUGAAGGCUUAUCUCAAAAGUGACAAUCAGCUAAAUUUAAGAAAGAGAUUGAUACAUUGUUGUAUUUUACAUGUUAGAAAUAUUGUUUUGAUCAUUUUUGUAUUACAAUUAUUUAUGAAUUUUUAUACAACUUUCACUAAUUUGUCUUUUUUUUUUGUCACAUGUAAC